UAGAUAAGCUAGACAUCCAGGAGUAGAAUGGAAAAACACUGUUUUUUUUGCUAGGUACAUGUACGAUUAAUCAGUCAAUCUAUGUCUGUCUCUCCCAUACACCAUGACAAACCCUCAGCUGACAGGAGUCUACAGUUCUUCUCCUGCAUUGGAGCGGUACUUCUCCAAUGUCACCAUAAACAAUCUCCAGGACACUACAGGCCAGUUUAAGCUCCAGUUCAUGAUGCCUUUAAAACAUGAGAAGUUGAUACGCUACACUUUGAGUCUAAAGAUGGUUAAAAAUGUGCUGCUCCAACACUUGUAUGAUCGAGACACUGGAGACCCUUUCUAUAUCAUACCGACAUCACUCCACAUGGAAGCUGGAUAAAUAAGCAAAACUUGAAUUACAAGAUGGAUGUUCUAAAUUGAAUCACUGGUCCCUUCAUCAGAAAACAAAACAUUCCAAACAUCACAUUAUUUCAUUUGACUGCCUUCUGCACUCUUUAACAGAUCUCUUAUAUAGUAUAUAUAAUAAUUAUAUAGUAAUUAUCCACCAUUAAUAAUUAACUCAGUCUUUAUGGGUUCACUUAAAAAAAAGUCAGUGUUCAUACAGUAUGUUUUACACACUUUAUAUCUAAAGUUUUAUAUUUAACACUUUCAAAACACUUAAUGGAAAACGGUAGAGUAAAACAGAUUUUUUUUGCAUUAUUAUUAAUAAUAUAUUUUAGAUUAGAUGGAUGUAGCCUACUGUUUAGAAAUAUGGAGGUUUACAUUUGUCACAAUUUGAGUCUCAAAAGAUUAUCGAAACACUGAAUAUGGAACUUCCAAACCUGUUCUGUUGUUAUGAUGUUAACUUCCAUGUUGCUCCAUGAUGAAUUUUUAUAAUAAUACUGUAAGUGUACUGUACUUUUAUUGAUCUCUAUUGAUUGAACAUUGGACCAUUUUUUUAAAUCAAUGUGGAGCAAUUCUUUGUAUGCGUCAGAUUUUUAAAAUGCUUUU